AUGCCCCGCAUCGCGAGCGCUGCCCGCGACCGGUGCCUGGAGCUGGAGCGUGUCAUCGCCGGCCGCUUCAGCUCGGGAAGCAUCGGCCUCGACGACGCCGUCAAGCUGUUCGAUGAAUUGCUCCCACUAGCCCGGCCCGCCUCGGUUCGCGCCUUCAACCAGCUCCUCACCAUCGUCUCUCGCGCCAAGGGCAGGGGCUCCUCAACCUCUGCGCCGGUCAUCUCCCUCUUCAACCGGAUGGCCCGUACCUCCCCCAACAAGGUAUCUCCCGACAGGUGCACCUACAACAUCAUCAUUCACAGCUUCUGUAGCAUGGACCGCCUGGAUUUCGCUUUCGCUGGCUUUGGCCUCAUACUUAAGAAGGGCUUUAGGGUGGAUGCCAUAGUCAUUAAUCAGCUUCUCGAUGGUCUCUGUGAUGCAAAGAGGAUGGGUGAGGCCAUGGACAUAUUGCUCCGACGAAUGCCUGAGUUUGGCUGCACACCCAAUGUCGUCACCUACAACACACUUCUCAAGGGUUUCUGCAAUGAAAAGAGAGCUCAGGAGGCACUUGAGCUGCUCCACAUGAUGGCUGAUGAUGGAGGUGGUAGCUGCCCACCAGACGUGGUGGCGUACAACACUGUCAUCAAUGGCUUCUUUAGAGAGGGUCAGGUUGACACAGCUUACGGCCUAUUUCAUGAAAUGCUUGAUCGGGGGAUUUUGCUUGAUGUUGUGACUUACAAUACACUGAUUGAUGGCCUAUGCAAAGCUGGAGCAGUUAGCAGGGCCGAGGGUGUCUUUCAGGAGAUGAUCCAUAAAGGUGGUAUGAUAGAUGGGGCAAUGCAUAUAUUUGACCAGAUGAGGCAGCAUGGGUUGUGUCCUAAUGUAGUCAGCUAUGGAGCACUAAUAGAUGCACUUUGCAAAUUGGGAAGGGUGGACGAGACAAUGCUUAAAUUCAAUCAGAUGACCAAGGAAGGGGUGACUCCUGAUAUCGUUGUUUUGAGCUCACUAGUGUAUGGACUGUGCACCGUCGACAGAUGGGAGAUGGCUGAGGAAUUAUUCUCUGAAAUGCUGAAUCAAGGGGUCCAUCCCAAUGCCACGUUCGUCACCACAAUAAUGCGUAACUUUUGGAAUAAAGGACGGGUCAUGGAAGUUCAGAGUCUCGUUGACUGGAUGGUACACCUAGGUGUGAGACCUAAUGUUAUCUCAUAUAAUACAUUAAUAGAUGGCUACUGCUUAGCUGGUAGGAUGGAGGAAGCUAUGAAGUUACUUGAUGUUAUGGUCUCGGCUGGUUUGGAACCUAAUGUUGUUACCUAUAAUACUUUGCUUCACGGCUACUGUAGAGCUGGCAGGAUAGACGAUGCAUUUAGACUUUUCCGAGAAAUGUUGAGCAAUGCAGUUACGCCUGGAGUUGCCACUUACAACACCAUACUGCAUGGUUUAUUUCAGUAUGGGAGAUUUUCUGAAGCAAAGGAACUCUACCUCAAUAUGAUCAAAAGUGGAAUGCAGUUGGACUUUUACACAUACAACAAAAUUCUGAAUGGUCUUUGCAAAAACAAUUCUGUUGAUGAUGCAUUCAAAAUGUUUCAGAGUCUAUGUUCAAAGGAUUUUCAACUUGACAUUAUUACUUUCAACAUUAUGAUUGAUGCUUUGCUCAAAAGUGGCAGAAAGGAAGAUGCCAUGGGUAUGUUCACUGCUAUCUCAGCCCAUGGUUUAGUUCCAGAUGUUGUGACCUAUCGCUUAGUGACAGAAAAUCUCAUUAAAGAAGGGCUGCUAGAGGAGUUUGACAAUCUGUUUUUGGCAAUGGAAAAGAGUGGAUGCACUCCAAACUCACGUAUGCUAAAUGCUAUAAUUAGGAGGCUGUUGGAUAGAGGUGAGAUAAUGAGGGUCGGGGCUUACCUCUCCGAAAUUGAUGAGAAGAACUUCUCACUUGAGGCAUCCACUACUUCCUUGCUAUUAUCAGUUCUCUCUAGGGAAGAAUAUCUGCACCGUGCGAAGUCCCUGCCUGAAAAGUAUCAUUUUCUUGUGGAUGUCAAUAAAUGA